CUUCCUAACAAUGCCCGGCCAUAACCGACCUGCCCAAAAAUCCAUCUGAAAAGAAAGAAAACUGAAAGUAGCCGCCAACAUCAUCAUGUCGGAUGUCCCACAGGUUGCACCUUACGGAAAAUGGGCGAGUCCCAUCACUGCAGAACACCUAUCCGGGGGCAGCAUUCACCUUGAAGGAGUCCAGGUCAAUGCAUCCACGGGCCAGAUUUGGGCUCUAGAGUCGCGCCCGGCAGAAGGGGGAAGGUUCGCCAUUGUAGAGGUGCUGGCGUCGACAGCAGCCCGGGAUGUCCUGCCAGCAGAGUACCAUGCAAUGGGCACUAUUCAUGAAUAUGGCGGUGGAUCGUUCGCCCUGCACCCAAACGGUGAUUUAAUCUUCACCAGUCAUCCCACGAACGGAGUAUUCGCGCUGGAUCCGCAGUCUGGAACAGUCAGGACGAUUGGAAUUCCCGAUGCCUCGGUGCGCUUCGGAAAUUUCCAUGUCCAUCCCCGGACUCAUGAAUGGAUUCUUGCUGUCCGAGAGACCCAUACGAAGGAUUCACGCGCACAGGCAGUCGUAACAAAUACCGUUGUGGCCAUCCAUGCAGCUACAGGCCGGGUCUGCACUGUUGCGGAAGGUGCUGACUUUUAUCAACACCCCCAGUUCAGCCCAGACGGGGAGAAGGUCUGCUGGAUACAAUGGGACCACCCGGAUAUGCCGUGGACGGGCUCUGUUUUACACGUCGCUACGUGGGAAGCCGAGAAGGUAUUGACGGGCACUGUGGUCUCAGGCCGAGCAGCCGUGGAGAGUAUCUGCCAGCCAAGAUGGGGUCCAGACGGGACCCUAUUUUUCGUCAGCGACAAGACGGGCUACUGGCAGCUAUACCGGUUUGACGGCAAUGAAGCCCGACGGAUUGAUCUAAGAGGGCUUGAGACUGCUGAGUUUGGGAGCAGAGAGCCAUGCCUCGGCAAUUGCACCUAUGUCAUGUUGGACGAGCGCACUGUUAUUGCUUCUGCUACCAGAAAUGCGACAUCUGACCUGGUCCUGAUCAAUCUGGAGACCAGCUCAUGGAAAAGUCUAUCCUUGGACCUGGUGGACAUCCAAAGGAAUGCUUUGGCCCGUGUCUCAUCUACAUGCUUUGUUGUUAUCGGAAGCACUCGUGCCGCCCCCCAAGCGCUUUACCGGGUUGAUAUAACCAGGGACGGUGCUUCCGAGGAGCUGCUUAGAGCCACCGUUGAACGACCUUUACCAAGCGAACUAAUUUCCCAGGCACGCCAUAUCACCUAUCCACGAACAUACAGCAAAGACCCGUCAGGCUCUGGCACCGCCCACGCCAUGUUUGUUGCACCCAAGAACCCCGCGUUCCAAGCACCCGAAGGCACCCUGCCUCCUUUGAUAGUCUGGAUGCAUGGCGGUCCCACCACGCACGUCACGCCUGCGCUGUCUCUCGCCACUCAGUUCUGGACAUCCCGGGGCUACGCGUACGUACUUGUGAACCACGUCGGCUCUACCGGGUACGGACGAGGCUAUCGUGCACUUCUCGACGGGGAAUGGGGCGUGGCCGAUAUCGCCGACGCAGCCAGCUGUGUCGCGUACCUGGCGUCGGAAAAGCUCAUUGAUGCUGCAAAGGUCGGCAUCGUGGGCGAGAGUGCCGGUGGAUAUGCCGUCCUGCAAGCUCUCUAUACGUAUCCCGAGAUCUGGACGGCCGGGGUCAGUCUCUACGGAAUCAGUAGCCUGCAUCGAUUUGCCGAGAUCACGCAUAAAUUCGAAAGCCAUUAUAUUCUGGGGCUCGUGCUAGGGGAUGGGGAGUGGAGUGACGAGGCUCGCCACGCCGUCUAUAGAAGUCGCAGUGCCUAUUACCAUGUGGAUAAGAUCAGAGCGCCCCUACUGCUUCUGCAGGGGGAUGUUGAUACAAUUGUCCCCGUGUCACAGGCCACGCAGAUGGAGGAGGCCAUGAACCAAGCCGGGAAGCAGGUUGAAGUUGUGAUAUUCGAGGGGGAGGGACAUGGCUGGCAUAUGGAAGGGACAAUGAAGGCUUCGAUGGAGUUGCAGACUGAAUUUUGGGCAAAAACCUUGCUUUAACGGUCUCUCUCUCUCUCUCUCUCAAUCAUUAGGUAGAGUUCUAUGUACGUCGGGCUCUGAGCUUUUAACGGACACAUUCAUGGAUUUUAUUCAGUAUUCAGUAUCUACCUACACCACUUUAUAUAUUCACUCCUUAUUCUUAAAUAUUCACAACAUG